CGGAGGAGAGUGUGGGAGUUGUAGUUCUCUCCGGAGCGUGAUGGCGGGCUAACGCAGGAGCUAACCGCUUCAAACCGGGGAAUCAAGCUGAAGCGCGCGAAUCGUCUGUGACGUUUCUCGUGAAGAAGAAAGAGCGCGAACGUUUCCUCUGAACUCUGGAGUCAAGACUCAAACCUCAGACUCAAAGACUCAAAGACACGCUGACACCCAGACGGACCGAGGCCCCGCAGACAUGAGUGAAGUGGUGGAGGAAGCAAUGGACAGCUCUGCAGUGUCAGAGGAGGAGGUGGAGGACCAGCAGGAGACGUCACAGAAAGACCCCUCGAGUCUGAAUAAAAGUCGAGUCAAAGCACCCGUUGUUGGUGACAUCAUUGAGGGCAAGCGGCCAAAGAAAAUGGUCGAGAGGCUCGAUUUCCAGGCACCCAAGCAAAUGGAGAAGCUCAAGAUUGGAGACGGUAGCGGAGAUAAGUUAGGAGACAUUCCACGCACCAGCUUCAAGCUCAUCAAGAUGAAGCCGGCGGAUCUGAAGCCUCUUCACACCAUCCUGUUCGACCGACCAGGAAAGAUCGCCACAAUAAAGAAGAACUUGCGUCUGUUUAACGGGUUUGGUUUUGAUGCCGACAGUGAACAAUACAUCAAAAAACGAGAAAAACUCCUCAAAAAUUCAAAUUUCACCAACACAAAGCUGAAAGUUGUCUGUGGUGUUUUGGAUCUGGAGAAGAAGGGAACUCACAUCGAUCUGGUCGACAGGAUCAUGAAUUUCCUCAUUGCACCGAAAAACAGCGGGAAGCGUCUCCCUGUGAAGAAGAAGAGGAAAUCAAAGAAGAAACUGUCGGACGACAACUCGAAGACAAAUACCAAGAAAAAGAGCAAAUCCAAACCCAAGAGCUCGUUGUCUAGUCCCAAAAAGUCCAAAGCAGGAAGCAAGUCCAAAGCCAUCGUCAUGGACUCGAGCAGCGACGACGAUGAUGAGGAGGAGGAUGAGAAGGUGGGGGCGUCGGCUGAGGCUGAGGGAUCAGACACGGAAGAGAAACUGACAGAGAAAGAGGAGGACCAGUCCGACAAGUCGGAGCAUUCUGCAGACGAAGAGGAGGACGAUGAUGAUGAUUCUUCGAAAUCAGAGUCGAGCAGAGGGAAGAGUGCAUCAAAAAAAUCAGCACCAGUGAAAAGACAAAGGGCGUCAGCAAAGAAGACGGGUCCUCCUAAAAAGAGAGCGAAGAAGGACGUUUCAGACGAGUCAGAGUCCGACAGCGAACCUGAAGAGAAGCCCAAAAAGAAGAAGUCUGCUCUGACAAAACCUGCGGCCAAAACAAAGAAGGCCGACAGCAGCAGCAACAGCAAAAACAACACAAACACAGCAGACGACAGUUCAGAAGACGACGAGCCGCUCAUCAAGAUGAUCCAGAAAGCACCGACCGACGAACAGCUGAAGGAGACGGUCCAGAGUUUGCUGAAGGAGGCGAAUCUGGAGGAGAUGACCAUGAAACAGAUCUGUCAGAGGGUGUUUGACACUUUCCCAGAACACGACCUGACCAGCAGAAAGGACUACAUCAAACAGACAGUCAAAUCUCUCAUCACAUGAAGAUCAGGAAACCAAGUCGCGUUGCUGUGAAACUUCAUGGGAGAAAAGAGUUCAGCAGAAACGACUGAAAAGUUUGUUUCAUUAGUUUUGUUUGUUUUCAUAAAAAGCUGUUUUUUACAUGAUUGUUUUUUUAUUAUUAUGAAUGUUUCACAUUAACAGUGCUCAUCUUUUUUAUGCUCUCUGGUCGAGUCCAAAGCAAAGUAGGAAUAUUUUUUUAAUCAAUAAAAAAAGGACAAAUUUUCAAGCAAGUGGAGAAACAAACAUUUCUUCAACUUUAAAAACUGUCGUGUAGUUUUCUUCUGUGAAGUCAACUUCAAGUCAUGAAAAGAAUUAAACAACUGCUUUGUUAGAAAACUGAAGGUUCAUUAAUUCUCUGAUUUGACUUGAUGCAUUUGGCUUCAAAUAAUAAACAGUUUUUCAAAAUAAAAUGUGGUUUGGACAUUUACCAAUUCAUGAGAUGUUUUGUUUUUCAUUUAAAACACAUUUUUACAAACCUGAUCUUUGCUUUUGACUCACAUUUAUUUCUGGAUUAAAAUUUGUACAUUUCUAAUUAGAUUAAGUUAUUUUUGAAUUUACACAUUUUGAUUAAUUGUCUUGUAGCUGAAACUGUCAAACUUUUUUAUUGUGGAUUUUUGAUUUGUUCGUUUCCUUGGUUAUUCUCUGUCAAACAUCAUUUACACUUUUCACGUUCAUAGAUUAACAGAGUCGUUUACUUACUGAUUAAAAUUCUACCUUUU